UCCCCUUCAGCAACCCAAAUAAUCAUUCAAAGAAAAAUAAAAAAGAGAUUAGAGAAAGAAAGAAAGAGAGAUUCAACACUGAGUUCUAACAAAUGGCAACCACUGUGAUGACCACUCUCCCUCAAUUCAAUGGUCUUAGACCCAAAUUCUCAGCAACCCCUGUGCACAACUUGGUUGCUGUCCAACCCAUGAGGCGCAAGGGAAAGGGUGCUUUGGGAGCUCGCUGUGACUUCAUUGGUUCAUCCACUAAUCUGAUUAUGGUGGCUUCUACAACCUUGAUGCUGUUUGCUGGAAGGUUUGGAUUGGCUCCAUCAGCAAAUAGGAAAGCCACUGCAGGGCUAAAGCUUGAAGCGAGGGACUCAGGGUUGCAAACUGGUGACCCAGCUGGGUUCACACUUGCUGAUACAUUGGCAUGUGGUACUGUUGGCCACAUCAUUGGGGUUGGGGUUGUUCUUGGUCUUAAGAAUAUUGGUUCCCUCUAAGAAGGAAGAACUAUGUUUGGUGCAUCAUGUAAUCUGUAAUCAUUUUUAAUGUCCUUAAUUUGUUUUCACAUCACUCAGACUGAACCUUUAGUC